UCAGUUUGUUUUCAUAGCUCUAUCCAAGUGGUUGAAGAACAAGACAGCCAAAAUGGUUCUAAAAUUAUAUUACUUAUCAGCAUCUCCGCCUUCACGUGCAGUUCUUCUUGGAAUACGCAAUUUAGGAUUAGAAGUGGACGUUGUCACCGUUAAUUUAUUUAAAGGCGAGCAUUUGAAGCAGGAAUUUAAGAAUCUCAAUCCAGUUCAUCAGGUUCCAGUGAUUGAUGACAAUGGAUUUGUUUUGAGUGAAUCGAGAGCAAUUUUAGGAUAUUUGGUUAAUAAAUUUCAGCCAGGAAGUACAUUGUAUCCAGCAGAUGUUAAAAAACGAGCAAUUAUUGAUCAACGGAUGUAUUAUGACACAAAUGUUUUUGAGAGAAAUGCAGCAGCUAUUCGACCCAUAUUUCGUGAACCGAAUCCUCCUCGACCUUCAGAAAUCACCAAAGCUAAAAUACGAGAAUCAAUGGAAAUUCUAGACGGAUUUGUCAGCAAAAGUUUGUGGUUUGCCGGCGACUUACCAACAAUUGCUGACUUCUCGAUUCUCUCAAAUGUUGCACAAAUCAAGGCUUGCGGUUAUAAAAUUUCAAGGCAUGAGAACUUAAAUCGAUGGUACGAAAUUUGCAAAUCAUUGCCAGGAUUUGAGGAGAAUGAAAAGGGAGCAAUUAAGCUAGGAGAUGUUUAUCAAAGUCGAAUUGGAAAUCCAUUUGAGACAUAUUGAAAUAGCUUUUGUUGUCUUUAUUUUGACAUUACUUUGUAUUAGUAAAUAUUCCUAUUUUUUUGGAAUAACAUUGACUUUAUUCCAUUCCACUUAUACGCGUGAAAUUGUAUUCCGUGCAUGAAUUUUAAUCUCCUUUUGAUAGAAAAAUUCUAAAUAAACUUAUUAUCGCUUUUUGAUAUUUUAGAUGAAAUUAAUUUAUUGGACCUUUUUUUGCAAUUAGAGGCAAUUAAGAUAAUUUUUAUCACUUUUCAGUUCAAGGUUGAAGCAUUUGCGA